CGUGCAUUCGGGAUAUACGUAACGUCACCAAUAGCAUGUACAAUGUACUUUGUAUAGAGUUAUCUAUCUUGGUUGUCCAGAACUGAAAUCCACAUCGGAUUGAGUGUUUGAGCUUUGAUCAACGUUACAUGGGACCGAAUACGCGUUAGAGUAACCAAGCAAGUCGUACCAGAUGAUACUCCAUUUUUUCGAACCUGGUGGACUACAACACUGCCAAUAAUCAACGAUUGUAGCAGCUGUGGAAUAGUAGAGUGUAGUGAAUAUUUAAACGUUUUAUCUUGUCAUGUGUAGGAUGGCGAUUGGCUUAAUGAAAUGAUGGACAGGAGUGGCCCUAACGCAGUAAACUAUAAAUAGUGCAGAGAUCCUCUUCUUUGCAUCGAGACGCAGGAGCCUGUCACAGAUCUGAAAACUUACAAUACGGUUGUCUGGAGAAGAUCUCAAAGUCAUGUUCAAACAAGGACUCCUUUUUCUUGGCCUUGUGGUAUCAACUCAAGGGUUUGGCUAUCUGGAUAUGCCUACAGUAGUGACUAACAAGUAUGGAACGGACCAAGUCUACUGUGAAUACCAGAACAUGAAGAUGCUCCCUGAUUCCAUAUGGAGAACCACAGAGUGCGAGGAAUGCGAAUGCACCAAGAGCGGGAUGUUCUGCGAGGGAUUUGGAUUCAAUGCGGGUCUGCUUGAGGCACCGGAAGGAUGUGAUAUCGUGAAUGAUGCAUGCAACAUAAGGUUGGUGGAUGCUCAAGAUGACACCAAGGACUGCGAAUCUUUCAAACAAGGGCCUCCGCCCCACCUCUUUGAGCAACCAAGCGGGACAGCGUUUGAUGCAUACUAGUGAGGCUCUUCUUGUGCCCCCAAACGGGACAACUGUAGCUAAGAAACGAAUAAAACUGACAUGAAACGUCA